GCCAGCAUGGCCAAACGUCCUCUGCUGCUGCUGCUGGCCAUGGGGAUGCUGGCUGGGGAGCUGUGGACCGAGGCCCAGGCAGCAUCCUGUGGAGUGAAGCUUUGCGGCAGGUGCUCCUGGUGGAGACGGUCAGACAUCCUGGCCUAUGAAGCUAUGGGGGAUGCCUUCCCAGACGCAGACUCCAAUGCAGACAGCGAGCUGGAUGAGGCAGUGGCCUCCAGCGAGUGGCUGGCCCUUACCAAGUCCCUCCAGGCCUUCUAUGGAGGCCGACCGGGCUGGUAGGGCACCCCAGGGGCUCUGCGGGGCAGCUGCGAUGUCCUGGCUGGCCUCUCCAGCAACUGCUGCAAGUGCGGGUGCAGCAAGAGUGAAAUCAGCAGCCUCUGCUAGAAGGGGAACGGGGCAGCCAGGGAGCACCAGGGUGAACGCCCCAGACCUGCCAUCCACCUAACCGGUAUCCAGCUGGGCACCUGUUUCUGGCCCCUCAUGCAUUCGUUCAUCAGCGAGUCUCAGAGGUCAGGCACUGUGGACUUGGACAGAGUCCCCCCACCCAACUCUGACCUUUGAGCAGCCUGCCUAUCCUGACCCUGAGCAAGCUGUGCCCCUACCUGGCCAAAUGGGGACCCCGACCUCUCCACAGCCCAUAUCACGCCUUUCCUGGCCUAUACUGUCUCCUGCUGCAAUGGAUGCCCCUACUCUACCCAAACUGGCCACACUGAGACCCUUACCCAAACUGUGACUCUCUCCUGUCCCAACUGUGGCCACUGUCCCCUUGCUAGCCCCAAUUAUACCGCCGCCCCAUUCCAGCCUUUGGCCGCUCCCUUCCCCCUGUCUGCCAGCCCCUCUCCCUCCGACCUUGCCUGCUGGGGGUUCUAAAGCUGUGGACCCCAGGGUUGGUGGAGGGACCCCUGGGUUCCCUUCAUAUCCUGGGGUGGGAAGCUCAGUGGGGGGAACGAAUCAGAACCUUCUCCAACCCCAAAGAUAAAAAGUUCCAAAGGAACGGAAGAGAUAUGGGAACAUAUGUAUAUGUAUAACUGAUACACUUUGUUGUAAAGCAGAA